CUUUCUUUUCCUUUUCACCUCUUUUCUUCUCCUUGUUAAUGUCUUUUCCUCUCUUUCUUUCUUUGUAAAUUCACUUAGAGUUAAUUGCUUCCAGCAGGCUUUUCUCUCAGUCUGUCACGCUGCCAUCCGUCAUGUGAGGACAGUGUGUGGGCUUGUUAUCGGGCCCUGUGGGUUGCUGCUGGGUGGAGGAGAGGCCUGGCACACAACUCACAAACUGGCUUGCCCAUUACAUCGUGGAGUUUUUCGUGUGUUGCUGCUACAGCCAUGAGAUCCUUUGCAGUGUAGAGAUUUUUUGCUCUUUGGGACUGGAUGACAGAUUUCUGAAAUGGCUGAGGAGGUUUUGAUUUCACCUUCAGGGAAAAUCACAUCGCAACUGACCAGCUCUUUGUUGGCAGUGGCAUUUCUAACCUCCUUCGGGAGCUCCAUGCUUUAUGGCUACAAUCUGGCAGUGGUCAACUCCCCUGCUGUGUACAUAAAGGAUUUCUACAACAAGACAGUGGUGAGUCGUAAUGGAACAGGACUCAGUGAGGACACCCUGACCCUCAUGUACUCUCUUACUGUGUCUGUCUUUGCUAUUGGAGGUCUGCUGGGCUCCCUUGUCGUAGGCAUGCUGGUCUCUCGAUUUGGCAGGAAAGGCACAGUGGUCAACACAACAGUGCUGGUGUUUAUCGCUGGCUCAUUCAUGGGCUUCAGCAGGAUUUGUGGUUCACCUGAGAUGAUCAUCAUUGGCCGCUUCAUCACAGGAAUUCACUCAGGCAUCUCUCUGAGCGUAGUACCAAUGUACCUCGGUGAGAUAGCACCCAAGAACCUGCGGGGCUUCCUGGGGCUCGUGCCGAGUAUCUUCAUUGGCACCGGAGUCUUCGCCGCCCAAAUCCUCGGCCUACAUGAGCUUCUAGGAAAGGAGGAGGACUGGCCCCUCUUUCUUUCAGUGAUAGUGGUACCCACCUUCAUCCAGUUGAUGCUGUUGCCAUGGUUCCCAGAGAGCCCCAGGUACCUGCUGAUCGAGAAGCACAACGUCCAUGCCACCAUCACAGCCCUGAAGUGGUACAGAGCAAAGUGUAACAUCCAGGCUGAGAUUGAAGAGAUGCAGGAGGAGCAGCGCUCUCUGUCCUCAGUGGAGACGCUGUCGGUAUGGAAACUGUUGCUGGAUGACACGGUCCGCUGGCAGGUGCUCAGUGUGAUGGUCAUCAACGUCGGCAUGCAGCUGUCUGGCAUCGAUGCUAUCUGGUUCUAUACCAAUGACAUCUUUAAAAAUGCGGGUAUCCCAGCACCAGAGAUCCCGUAUACCACAGCCGGAACAGGAAUUAUAGAGAUCAUCGCUGGACUCAUUGGGUGUUUCUCCAUAGAGAAGCUGGGCAGGAGGCCUCUCAUGAUCGGGGGAUUUGCCAUUAUGGGCAUCUGCAGUGCUGGCAUCACAGUAGCUCUCAUUUUACAGACUCACCUAUCCUUCAUGCGCUACGUGAGUGUCGGCUGUGUGGUCGGCAUCAUCGCUGGCUUUUGUAUCGGUCCAGCGGGGGUUCCCUUCCUGAUCACAGCUGAGCUGUUCAAACAGUCCCACCGUCCGGCGGCCUACAUCGUCGGGGGAUCACUCAACUGGCUGUCCAACUUCACUGUGGGCUUCGUCUUCCCUUUCUUACAGAUGUCAGCGGGGAGCUACUGCUACUUGGUGUUCGGCGCCAUUUGUCUGUCCGUGGCCGUCUAUGUCUACAUUGUGAUACCAGAGACCAAAAACAAGACCUUCAUGGAGAUCAGCCGGAUGUUCUCUAAGAAGGAGGCAGUCCUAGAGACCCAGGGCCUGAUCCAUGUGGACCAUCUGAAACUGAAGAAGAUGAACGGCUAUGGUGGUGUCGAACAUGCUUCACUGGAGUUCGACAGUUCUUCAUAAGUACCUCAACUGAGCUUCAGGCUCUCACUGGGACUACAACACCAUUCAAU